ACUGUUCUAUAUGACAUCAGUGUGGUUUGUUUCUGUAAGAUUCAGUCAGAGACAGCUGACAUGUGUACAUUAACGGACUUUAUUGGACAUAAAAUUAGCGGAACAUGCACAUUAGUAACGGUAUUGAGGUUCCACGUGUAGCCUACAUGAGCGGGGGAAUGACGGAGUAACUCCACCUCAGGAACUGCUACUUAAUCACCUGUUAGAAAGACUUCGCUCUCGAUUGGAAAAUAUUCUGGGACGCAUGCCUCUGGAUCUGGACUUCUUAGAGUUCACUUGCACACAAGAACUUGUGUUUUUAAAUGCUGUAGCUGGUCAGGUAGCUGUUUGUCCAGCAAUUUUAGAUGCACUGACACAGUUACACAGUCUUAUAAACAUAGAAAAAGAAAAAAGUAAGCAACAUAUUGCAGUUGUGCAGUUUGAGGAAGGACCAUCUGGGCGACAACGAAUGGCCAUAUCCCCAGACCACCUUUGCAACCUUCUUGAACUUAAUCUGUCUGUCCCCUGUAUAGCUAAACUCAUGGGGAUAUCCAGAAGCACAGUGUACCGGCGCAUGGCUGAGUAUAAUCUCUCAAUAAAGUCACUAUACAGCACCAUGACAGAUGAAGAGUUAGACCAGUGUGUGAGAGAGAUUAAAUCCAGACAGCCUCAUUCUGGAUACCGAAUGGUGAAGGCACUUCUGCAAGCUAGAGGACUAAGGGUGCAGUAUAACCGUGUCAGAGCUUCCAUGCACCGUGUUGACACCACUGGUGUCAUCUCCCGUAUGCUCCAUUUAGGAUGUAUUGCUCGACGGACCUACUCAGUUCCAGGCCCCCAGUCUUUAAUUCAUAUUGAUACAAACCAUAAAUUGAUUCGCUACAACAUUGUUAUCUUUGGUGGCAUUGAUGGUUUUUCCCGCAAGAUAAUGUAUCUUGGUACCGCUUCCAACAACCUAGCAUCAACUACCCUGGCUUUCUUCCAACAAUCUGUUGAGAAGUUUGGGUUUCCUCUCAGGGUACGUGGUGAUCAGGGGGUAGAAAACGUGGACGUUGCUCGACUCAUGUUUACAGUUCGUGGCACUGGAAGGAGCAGCUUUAUAUCUGGGAAGAGUGUUCACAACCAACGGAUUGAGCGGCUGUGGAGAGACUUGUGGGUAGCUGUAACAAGCAUCUACUACGAUGUUCUCCACUACCUUGAAGAAGAGGGCUUCCUCAGCAUCGACAACAUUACACACCUCUUCUGCUGCCACUUUGUGUUCCUUCCACGCCUGCAGGAUGACCUUGAUACUUUUCGCAGUGGUUGGGACAAUCACCCGAUAAGAACUGAGAGCCAGAUGACCCCUAAUCAGCUGUGGAUGCUGGGUCGUGCACAUCACCCAAUUCCUGGGCCAGAUAACACAGAGGAUAUGGACAUUCCAGAUAUUGAGUGGGAAAACAGUGGACUUCCCCAUGAUGACCACUCAAGCAUCAUUGUCCCGGAUGCAGAUUGCCCGCUGACUGAUGAACAAAUGACAUCUUUAGGAGAUGCAGUUAACCCAAGAGCUGCAUCCCAGUCCUUUGGCGGUGAUAUUUACAUUGCCACAGUUCAGUUCUGUGAGCAAUUUCUUUCUCUCUAAAAGAACUGAAUUGAGAGCAACAAACUAAAUGGAUGUUGUCAAAGCUUUGAUGUGAGCACUGAUUUAGAGAAGAAACCCUUAAUGGAGGGGUGUCAAAGUAAUUUUUGUCCGGGGGCCACAUGCAGCCCAAUUUGAUCUCAAGUGGGCCUGACCCUUAAAACCAUUGUUUAUUAUAUAUAAUCUAUAGUUUUUCUCUUUCUUUUUAUAAAAGUACAACAAAGUAGUCCAACGUUAAGUCAAUUUACUAAACGAUGAACCCCUAAAUUAUUUUAUUCUCCAUCUUCCCAUUGACCUAUGUCUUAUUCAAAGACAUUUGACAUGUAAGGAAAUGGGAGGGGAAUUUUGAGCUGUUAAAAAGGAAACAAGAUACAAUAGAUUCAGAAUGACUUCGCUACAGUAUUCAGCUUUAAACUAUUUUAGACUCUCAAAAGUUAUUUGAAUUAUAUUUAAUUUCAUUCCAGAUAUUUUCUGUUAUUUGUUUGAUGUCUGAAAGAAUUAGCCAUGUACAGCACAUUUUUAUGUGAAAGCUGAAAAUUGGCAUUUGUUUUGAUAUACUGCAAAAACUUGCAUCUUCUUCAGCUGUAACAGUGAAACCACAACAGUCAAGUCCACAUAACUCCUGGAUUAAUGAUUUAUUUGAGUGCAGAGAUUGUUUACAGUGAACAUGUUGCCAAAAACCUCCUGCAACUUUAUGCACACCACCAUUGUAUGUAUGUGAAAUUGACAUUUGUUUUAGUAAAACUACAAAGGGCAUUUAAGCCCUCCAGAUGUAACGGUGACAAAAUAAAAUCAGGAGU